AUGCUUCACGUCUCCCUUAAAAUCUCCCUCUUGCUUGUUUCCCUGUUGUUCAAUAAUUCAUGGGUGUUGGCCUCUAAUCCGGAAUAUACUCCUAGGUGUAACAAAAAGUUUUGGGUCGACCAAAACGGUGCACACUGCAAGGAGCUCAACAUUGACACAUACAAUUAUAACUGUGACUAUUCAACUUGCUGGUAUAAUAAUCAUCAAUACAUUCCUAUGUCUGGCUGCCAGCUCGAGCACUCACCUGACAAAAGCACAAGUGAUCAAGAAUGUGUGCAAUAUGAACACCUCACAAAAUAUAAUACCUAUUCUUGUAAAAAUUCUGGGGUUCAAACUUAUAUAUGCCCUUAUAAGGCCGAUAUACCGGCCAUAGAAUGUACCGUUUGUUCACAUGCAUAA